UUCUCAUGAUCAAAACGAAACUAAAAUGAUUGGAAUGAUUAAAUUUUGCAUUAUGAAAUAAAAUAUAAUGAUGCCUCUGUUGUUAAUAAUAAGUUGCAUGACCUAAUUAAUUUAUUGAUGGACUAUACUGUUAUUUGAAGAUAUUUCAUUGCGAAAUGAUACAAUGGCCACCUUUGAAAAUAGAUUGAAUCGAAGGAAAGGAAUUCUAGCUGGGGAGUCAUAUAGGUUAGACACUAAAAAUAAAACCCCUGAAGAAAGUAUUCUCGAAAUUAUUCAUGGCCUAUAUUUAAAGAAGCAAUACAAUAAUGAUAUCUCACCCAACCAUAAGAAUGUACACACAGAGCUUAGGACAGGAUUAAGAAGCAUGCAACGGAAUGGUUCUGAUAGCUUAAGAGUUUCCUAUUUAACAGCUUUAGUGCAUUUGUGUAAAGAGUACCGGAAUAAUUUGGGGUUUACAACAGAUGAACUAAUGACAUUUAUUAGGGUCAGCCUUGUUGAUGAGUCCAUGCUUAUGAGAGCAACAGCCUUAAGAGUUCUAAGAUAUUUAAUAAGAAGUGAAAGUGAUGUUGCUACAUUCAACGCUCUUAAGUUACCAUACUUGGUUAUAAGGUCAAUAGAUCUUAUGCUUCGGAAUGAAGAAGAAAGGGCGCAAGCAUUGAGAGUAGUUCGUCGUGUGAUAGCAGUGGUGGGUGGUACCGAACCCCCUGUGCGCCGGUAUAGAGCUGCUUAUAUAGAACCGGGUCUACUGAGAUGUCUGGCAUCUGUGGCCAGGGCUGGUAGUGCAGUAGACGGUGCCGGAGAUCGUCUGUCGCGGCCUGCAAUUGCUACACUUGCCGAAAUAUGUGUAUUGAACCCGGACUUGUUUAUAUCUUGCGGUGGUGUAACCGCAGUGACUCGGCAGCUGGUUGAGUGCGCUACUCCUCGCAUGGCAGAGGCGUUGUGUGGAGUACUCUUGCACAUAUUGAAUGAUCCACACUCCCGGAUUAACUCUAGGGUCGAUCUAACAUAUCUGAAUUCUCCAUAUUGUGAUUUUCAUUUUCGAACGGUCGCCACUGAUACUAGCAGGGAUGAAAGAGAGAUGCGAUUUACGUGUUCACGGCUGGCGUUGCUGUGUGUGUUACGGAGUUGGUCAGGCCUUCUGCAAUUCUGUCACCCGGAGGCGGCGGGCGGCCUAACAGCACUGGUAGCAGGCCUAUAUCUGCCACGACUAGAGGUCCGAAAAGCAAUAUUAGAUCUAUUGUAUGAGUUAGUUGGAUUACGUUUACCAGAAUGGACAGAUGAAAUCUCUGUUGCCUUAGAUGCAGUGGAUCCAUCAGAUUUUCAGGAUUCCUGGAGGCUUAAUGAAGAUUUUGUUGCUGCUGAAGGAAUAGCCAUACUACCUCAUUUAAGUGCCACUGGCUCGGAUAUAAUUGAAAUUCAUCUUGCCCUUUUACUUCAGUGUUUCCUUGAGACUGGUCUUCUCGAGGGUUUGGUUGAAGUGAUUGUGACAAGUGAUACCUUUAUAUCGGUCAGGGCGACUGUAUUAUUAGGUCAAAUAUUGCAUUUAAUGCACCUAUUACUACCUCCUCAAAUAUGUAAUAUAACGCCGGCUCUUCCAACGCUAGUGUCACAAGCGACUGCUGGCAAACCUGAAGCGCUGGCUGCUGUUACGGCCUUACAAAGACUGCAUUCAAUGUUAGACGCAAGACCUGCAAGUAAUAGCCUCUUCUUAGAUCAUAUCAUACUGUAUUGUAGCGGAGGGUAUAAAAUAACAACGGAAGAUAUGUCGAAGAUAAAGAAAGAAAGGGAUAAUGCUAGUAUUGUUAACCCAAACACUGAGAACAUACAUAAAGACUGUAGUAUUGAGUUUUUGAAUGACUCUGAUGAUGAAUAUGAACCGAAGCAAAGGCAUAGUAUUGGUUCACGGGCUGACGUGCAGAAUAGAAAUGUGAGUGCUCUAGUGAAAAGUAAGAGUGUUACUUCUAGAACUAGCGCUGCAGUCACCAAAGUUGCAAAAUCCACGAAGUUAUUCAGUCUCUUUGAACGCGAUAGUGACAGCCUGUUAAGAUCAACACUGGUUAUGCAAAACAAGGAUGGGAAUACUUGGAAUUGGGAAAUAGUUCGAACUAUUCUUAAGGAAACAGAUGCACCUUUAUUAAAUUUAAACGACAGUUGCCACAAAGCGUGGGCGAGUCGAAUCAUGAACUAUUUGAAGCCUUCUUCAAAUAAAUAUUCACAUACAGAUUUGUCUACAACUUGCAAUGGGCAUUCUGCCACAAGAGCGGGCUGCCAUUUAAUCAGACAUCUACUGCGGCAUAACGAUUGAUAUGACACAGGCUGACUCGCAGCGGUUAUUGGAGGAAUUCUUCAUUGACGUGAGCCGUCAGAUUGAAGCGAUAGAGACCGGGCGGAAAGCCCACGAAUGUCUGUUCAGCCCUCAGCACAUGUGCAAC